UAUAACAAAUAAUUUGAGCCAUGUAGUGAAUUGUACACAAGGCUCAACAGCAUCACCUCAUUGUUAUAAAGGACCCCGGAUGUCGAAUAAACCGACGUUUUGGAAACACUCAGACGUCAAACAACCAGGAAGCAUAAAGCGUGUAAGCUCUCAAGAGAAUCAAACGGAUCAUAUGCUCAAGAAAAACACUCGCAAACCAAGACAAUCGGGGGAUGAUGACGAAGACAAGUUUGUAGAGUUCAACAACAAAACAGAAGACGCCUGGCUGGAUGACAGUCAAACAGAUCUGGAAUUCUCCAUCAACCCGGUGGAAACAGCAGGGAUGGGUUUGAGCAAGAUGAACAUCCACCCUUCCCUACCCCGCGAUCUGAAGGUGUCUAAAAACUACCAGAAAAGGGGGAACCGCCCCCAUCUGUUGCCACGGCAACUAAGUUCGCCCCAAUAUCCCACAAGUGAUAUUUAUAUUCCACCCAGAACUGCUUCAUCUUCAGCUGGCAUUUCUACUCCUUCAGAUUGGACCAGCGAAGGAGUGGCGGAGUCACGACACAGUACCGCGAUGAACAAGGAGGACAAACACAGGGCUAAAUUUGAAGAGAUUCUUCAGUCAGAUUGUCCUGAUCUGGAGAAUCUAAAAAAGAGGACCUGGUUCGGGUGCCCCUCUUAUCAGCGACCAAUAGUCUGGCAGAUGCUGAGCGGCUACUUGCCCCCUAACGUAGCGCGGCGCAAUGAUACUCUAAACAGGAAGCGAGGCGAGUAUUGGCGCUUUGUUGCACAGUACUUCAAAACUAGACACGACCCUGACUUCAGCAGUCUCUAUCACCAGAUUCACAUAGAUAUUCCGCGGACCAACCCUGCUAUCGCCCUCUUUCAACAUAUGAAGGUUCAAGAGGCCUUUGAGAGGAUACUCUACAUUUGGGCAUAUAGGAACCCAGGGUCAGGAUACGUUCAGGGUAUCAACGAUCUGGUAACGCCCUUCUAUGUCGUAUUUCUAGGACAAUAUGUUGAAGGAGAGGUAGAGACAGCAGAUAUCUCCCAUCUAACAGACGAGACUCUUGCCAACACGGAGGCUGACACUUACUGGUGUCUUAGUAAACUACUGGACAACCUACAUGACAACUACACAUUCGCUCAACCAGGAAUACAGAUGAAAGUUCAUGAUCUGAGGAGACUCGUCAACCGUAUGGAUGGAGUAUUGGAUGAACAUUUGGAGCGCAAUGUUGUGGAGUACCUUCAGUUCUCAUUCAGAUGGAUGAAUAAUCUUCUGAUGAGGGAGAUGCCACUACGCCGUACAAUACGUCUCUGGGAUACUUACUUGUCGGAGCCGAACGGUUUCUCUCAUUUUCAUCUGUACGUGUGUGCUAAGUUCCUUACGAAGUGGGCUAAAGUUAUCAAGUCUCUCCCUGAUUUCCAGGCGAUAAUGUUGUUUCUACAAAGUUUACCCACAUCCCGCUGGACAGAUGAUGACAUAGCGGAGCUGGUAUCAGAAGCGUUCCAACUGAAAUGUUUGUUCCCCAAAGCUGUGACCGCUGUAGCCGGGACUACGUAAACAUUCCUCUAACUUCUGGAAGCUAGUUUAAAACAAAUGGAAAUUUGUUCUUCCUCUUCUUACGUUUAACGUUGGUUUUUAUUUACCUUUUGGGAAGUCAAGUUUAUGGAAUACUUUGUCUUAAUAUUUUCUUUCGGUUUUGUAUUUCAUCAUCACACAAGAAGCAUGCAUCCCACGUAAUGCAGGAUCAUUUAUUCUUUUAUUCGUCUGACUGAGGGAAUGAUAAUAUUUUAUUUAAACUUUUGGGGCCAAGACUUUAAAUAUGGAUGUCAUAACAUGGUGACUUUUUUCUCCAUCGUCGUAAUUUUAAAGUCUCGGGAUAAAAUCUUUAACAUUGUAUGAAGUGCCCUGAGCGAUUGUUGAAUAGUUGCGGGGUUCAUAUUCGUAAUAUUUUAAUGUUGAUUUUGUGAUUUAAAUUUUGAUGAUUAAUUUUUGUUAGUUGAAUGCGAAAAUUCUGUCGAACUAGUUCAUGUCGGCGGCAGUACCGGUAUCAUAGAAUCUGAGAAUUCUUCAUUCAAUCUCAUUUCUAGGUUUUACUCUUAGGGAAAUUGCAGCUGUAGAUGUGCAGUUCAUCUGCCGUCGACAUGAACUGGUGCAACCGUAAAUUCAGUUUAAUUUAAUACAACUUAAACCAUUAAUAGUGUUGAUAUUGUGACAGCCGAUUUUUAUAACGCUGCUGAACUUUGGUAUAUUCAGUUUGGUUCUAGGUUUGAUUCUGCUCGCCUAAAUUCUAAAAUGAAUGGUCAAGUGCGCCACUCUUCCCCAGGAUGGAGGCUAACAUUUAUACCUUCCAUUUUCCACUUAAAAUAAUUAACUUCAAUAGCACUGGUACAAUGUACAUGUAUUUAUUACUUUUUUGGACCAAAUUUAUCAAAAUCGGAGACAAACAUGACUUUCGCCGAUGUUAAACAUAUAAGUAUAACUAGAAGACGAAUAAAUGAACCGAACCUAAGUUCAACAUUGUGAAAAAACAUUGUCCAGACCAAGAGGAAUAACUCAACUGUACUAAAGAGUUUGGCUUUUGUGAAAUGAAUGCCGUAAUAUUUAUCCAAAUAUUAAUGAGAAUUUAAGUGUUUGAAAAAA